CUCAAAGGAACCAAUAAAGUAAAAAAAUAAAAUAAAUAAGACUUCUUCACUCUUCUCUUUGAGUGUAACCAUAAACACCGUUCAAAUUCUAAGAGAGAGAAACAAAAUCAUAGAAAUAGGAUGAAGAUUUCCCUGUCAAUAAAUUGAGUUUCUCAAGAAAUAUAAAAAUACAAGAAAAAUUUCCCACUUAUCACAAGAAGGAAUUCUCGUGCAAAGAAAGGCUCACAUGUCAAUAAAGCCCAUAUUUUCGAUCAUCAUUUCACGUCCAUUCAUGCUUAUUUAGUCUGUGCUGUAUUAUCAAAGUUUGCGUCUUUUUUGGUUUCUGGGUGUGAUCCUAUUUGAAAGGUCUUCUGCUUUGUGGGUCGGUUCUGAAUAACAACUACUCUCAAAAAGAAGAAACUUGAAUUUAUUUAGGGAUGGAUUCUUAUUGUGCAACACUUGGAGCAAAACCCCAUUUGACAAGAACUGGGAAAAGAGAUGGGAAAAGUGGUUUUUUAGGAGAGAAAAUUAAAGGAAGUUUGAACAACAAUGUGUUGGUUAAUCAGUUGUCAAAAAGCUUGAAGAUUGAUCAAAAACCCAGAAAGAUUGAACUUGGGGUUGCUUUCUCUGUUUUGACAUCAAACAAUGUCACUGAAACCCUUAUUAGAGAGGCACCAAUUAUCGAAAGACAACGAGCUGAUCCGAAAAAUGUGGCAUCAAUUAUAUUGGGAGGAGGUGCAGGAGCUCAACUAUUUCCUCUUACCAGCAGAACAGCAACACCUGCUGUUAAUGUUGGAGGAUGCUACAGGCUUAUUGAUAUUCCAAUGAGUAACUGCAUCAACAGUGGUAUAAACAAAGUAUUCAUAUUAACUCAGUUCAAUUCUGCUUCACUAAAUCGCCACAUAUACCGCACUUAUCAUGGAAACGGUAUCAACUUUGGAGACGGAUUUGUGGAGGUUUUGGCAGCUACACAAACACAAGGAGAAACCGGAAAGAACUGGUUUCAAGGAACAGCUGAUGCUGUUAGACAAUUUAUAUGGCUGUUUGAGGAUGCGAGGAAUAAGAAUAUCGAGAAUGUUCUGAUAUUGUCUGGUGAUCAGCUCUAUAGAAUGGAUUAUAUGGAUCUUGUGCAGAAUCACAUUGACAGAAACUCCGAUAUCACAGUUUCUUGUGUUCCUGUGGGUGAGAGUCGUGCAUCGGAUUAUGGAUUGAUGAAGAUAGACAGCAGAGGCCGAGUUGUCCAGUUUAGUGAAAAACCCAAGGGGGAUGACUUGGAAUCUAUGAAAGUGGACACCCAAAUCCUCGGAUUAUCUCAAAAAGAUGCAUCAAGUAACCCGUACAUUGCAUCCAUGGGAGUUUAUGUGUUUAAGACAGAUGUUCUACUUAAACUUCUGACACAGUCAUACCCAAGAUCCAAUGACUUUGGGUCUGAAAUUCUUCCUUCUGCUGUGAAGGAUCAUAAUAUUCAGGCGUAUCUAUUCAGAGACUACUGGGAAGAUAUUGGAACCCUGAAGUCUUUCUUUGAUGCUAAUUUGGCCCUUGCUAAAGAGUCGCCAAACUUUGAAUUUUAUAACCCAAAGACGCCCAUCUACACAUCCCCUCGGUUCCUACCACCUACAAAAAUGGACAAAUGCAAGAUCAAGGAUGCUAUCAUUUCACAUGGAUGCUUCCUGCGAGAAUGUACAGUUGAACACUCUAUCGUGGGAGAGAGGUCACGUCUGGACACCGGUGUAGAGCUUAAGGACACCUUGAUGAUGGGUGCAGACUACUAUCAAACUGAAUCUGAGAUCGCAUCUCUUUUGGCAGAGGGUAAGGUACCCAUUGGGAUCGGACAGGACACAAAAAUCAGAAACUGUAUCAUUGACAAGAAUGCCAAGAUAGGAAAAAAUGUGAUCAUCACCAACAAAGAUGGUGUCGUGGAAGCUGAUCGACCAGAGCAAGGAUUCUAUAUUCGAUCAGGAAUCACCGUCAUAGUAGAGAAGGCAACUAUAGAAGAUGGCACCGUCAUAUAAUCAUCUUCCCGAGUUCAACUGUCAGACAUCAUUACAAACAUAAUUACAUAAAGCCGUCUUAAAGGGGAUUCGAAUUGAGAAGCUUUAGAAGACAUUAUUAUUAUGUCAAAGGUGGCUAGUGCCGCUCACACGGGCUAUAGAGAAUGAGUUUCCAGGGAUCCUCUACUGUCGUAUGUAAAACUAAAGAUCAGCUUGGCUAUGUUUGCGUACAAAGAGAAGGAAUGAGACAUAUAAUAGCAACAUUUUCUGUCUACAAUGAGAGUUCUUGGAGUAGAGAAUAAUAAUGUGAUCAAAUGUCAACCAAUCGUAUAGAAAUCUUGUAUCAAACUUUUGUUUAUACUUCAAUAAAAGUUGUACACUUUUUGGAA